GGUUGCUUUUCCAUUUUCUUGGUGAAUUUUUUUGCAGCAGAUUUUAAAAUUUGAUAUAGUCCAAUUUAAUCUCUGUAUUACUUAACCAAGUUCUUUAUGUUUCUUACCUAGUUCUAUGUUUCUAUGUGUAAUUCUGACCAAAAAAGUCAAACCCAUUCACUCAACAGAUAUAUUUGUGACCACUUACUACAUAUCAGUACCUACUCUAUCACUAGGAAUAAAGUGACGAUGGGACAGUUGGAGCAGAUUGCUAGCUGAUCACCAACAUUCAAAUUAUCCUCUUCUUCUUGGUAGAUUCCAUUUAUUCUUCUCUCUUGCAGUUAAAUGUGGCUUUGGGAGCUCUUGCCAAUGAAAUGUUACUGGGAGUGAUACAUGUUCCUUUCAACCUGGCCUAUAAAUAUUCCCAUGUGCUCUCCUCCAUGAUCAUUUCUGCUUCCACAAUUGGAAUGGAGGUGGCAAAAAGUGCUAUUUUGCAAAUUACCUCCAUAGGGUUGUGACAAGCAUUGAAUAUGGAUGUGGUUAUAACUAUGGUUUAAAUGUGUUUCCUCCAAAAAUCAGGUGUUGCCAAUGUGAUAGUAUUAAGAGGUGAUUAGGGCGUGAGAGCUCCUUGCUCAUGAAUAGGAUUAGGGCCCUUAAACAGAGGCAUUAUACAACUUUAGACUGGCUUUUCCUUCUGCCUCCUUCCAUGUGAAGACACAGUGUUCCUCCCCACCAGAGGAUGCAGUAAAAAUGUACCAUCUUGGAAGCAGAAAGCAAGCCCUUACCAGACAACCAAAUCUGCUGGCACCUUGAUCUUGGACUUCUCAACAUCUGGAAUUGUGAGAAAGAAAUUUCUUAUUUUUAUAACUGACCCAGUGUCAGGUUAUUUAGCAUAAUUUCAGCAUAUAUUUAGUGAUCAUUAAAUGUUGGCUUUUUAAAUUAUUAUCAUGGUCUUUGAAUUGUCCAGUAAUCAUCUGAGAUGGGAAGAAGGUAAGAACCCUCACAUAAUGCAUCAGAUACUGAAAUUAGGUCUGGAUUCCUGUAGACAGAGUAGCAGACUGGCUAAUGGUAACAGUUUCAUCUUCCUGCACUGUUUCUCUGUUGAUAAACCAAGAUAAUCUUAAGCCAUCUUAAAGAGUAUUUAAAGGACCAUAAUUUGGUUAUGCUAAUGUAAUGAAAUGCAGUUUAAACCAAAAACAAUAUGAGAUGCUUGGUUACAGUGGUUGUGAAAAUUCUAAAUUAUGCUAGAACAUUUUGCAUUUAUACAACACUUCUGUAAAAUAGCUCUGUAGCAGAAUCAGACUCCAUGUUUUACAUUUGACUACUAACAACUUCCAAGACCCACCACUUUCUCUUCUGCUUACCUAUAUCUGAUAAGAAAGCCCAGGUGAUUCCUUCUUUAGGGCUAGUGUGAAGUUCAAACCUUGCAAGCCCUGGUCUGUGUUUGGGAUAUUCAUAGCUUUACCCCCUAACCAUCAUAAAAGCCAAGCCAGUUUUUUUUCUCUUUGUUCUCUCAAGCAUUUUUGUACUUGCUUGGAAACCUGCCCUGAUCUCCCCAGAAUGCCUCAUUAUGUGAGUAAUAAACUUUUCCAUUUCCUUUCGGUGCAUGUAUCAUCAGAUUUGAUAUCCAAACCAAAUUUUUAGUGUAGAAUCCAUCCUGCCUUUGUAGGGUGAUUGCACAAUUGAAUCUGUGAAUAGGAUAUCUAGGCACUGUUCACUACCACCAAGGGUCUUUUUUUCUUUUACUUUCUAACUGGCACUGCUACCUGCCGAUGACAUGUAGUUUGAGCUACUGCCUGCUGCCUAGCUUUUACUUCAAACCGUACUUCUUUGUGCCGCAUUGGUAGAGUCCUACCAAACCUAUGCUAAAGAUUUCAACAAGAUAAGUCAGCAGUUUAACUAAUUGACAUUAACUGAAAAGAAUAUUGGGUUGGAGCCCUUCUUAAAGCAGCCAGGAAUCUUGUGUUUCAGCUUGGAUCUGUGAAUUCAGAUUGAAUCAUGUGUCUCAAUUCCAAUAAAAGAUAUAACUAAAACUAGACUCAAGAAUGCAACUCGGGCCAGACAUGGUGGCUUAUGCCUGUCAUCCCGGCACGUUGGGAGGCCGAGGCAGGUGGAUCGCCUGAGGUCUAGAGUUAGAGACCAGCCUGGCCAACAUGACAAAACUGCAUCUCUAUGAAAUAUACAAAAAUGAGCCAGGUGUGGUGGCAGGCACUUGUAAUCCCAGUUACUAGGGAGGCUGAGGCAGGAGAAUUGCUUGAACCUGGAAGUUGGAGGUUACAUUGAGCUGAGAUCGAUCGUGGGUUUCCUCGUGUUGGCCAGGCUGGUUCUUGAACUCCUGACCUUGCAAUCCACCUGCUUCAGCCUCCUGAAGUGCUGGGAUUACAGGUGUGAGCCACCAUGCCUGGCCAAAACACCCUUCUCAGCCAUAUGCCAUACCACAAUUAAACUAGACAAGAUGAAGAAGGAUGAGAGGUCACUUUAGAAUGACCAUUCGUGGUGUUGAGGAAGCUCUCCUUUUUCUCUAACCAGAGCCUUUAUACUUCUCUGUACCCUUUCCCUCCCCCCAUGGAAUUUUCAAGAGUGGUGCUUUGUGAUGUCUAAGACAUCCCAGGGCUACCAUUGUCAGAGGAGUUUCUUGCUGGCCAAUCAAAGCUGAAGAAUGUGGCAUGUCAUUGUUCUGAGAAGGAUAUAGAGAGAUCAGGAGGCCUGGAGUAGGCUACUCCUGCUCUAGGAUGGCAGAGGUUACUGAAGAACUAACAGAGGGAGAAGUCCCCUGUUGCUCUACGAUGGCAGAGGUUACUGAAGAACCUGAACAGGGAGAACAUCACUGUUGCUCUAAGAUGGCAGAAGUUACUGAAAAACUACAACUGGAAAUAGACUCCAUUUUCUCUAGGAUAGCAAAGGUUACUAAAGAAGUAAAAGAAGCUGUAGGCUCCUUUUUCUCUAGGAUGGCAGAGACUACUGAAGAAACAGAAGAGGAUAGUUCAGACAUGCCUGAACCAUCCACAGGCAGAAGCCAAGAAACUCCCAGCAUGAAAGGGAAGAAGAGACUUUCUUCUGAAGCUAACGAAAGUGAAACUGAUGAGGAGUUGAAAAUAGAGAAAAGCAUAAAAUCAUUCAUUCAGCAGAAUUCAGAAAGACGUAAAGCAGGAAAAAAAUCAACAAUAUUAGUUUUCCAUCACAGAAAUUAUAAAAAAAGAAUGGAAAUCAAUCAAAUGAGGAUGAAGAGAGCCAGUGAAUUGCCUACCUCAAGUAACGUCCAGGGACCACCAGAAGCACAAGACCUGUAACUAUCUGUCUCAUCUCUGAAUUAACCUCUAGAAAGGGUGUCUUGUGCAGAGAAAUUAAAUAUCGCACCAAGAUUCUUGGAUGUUUGUGAUUAAAAUUCAAUCAAAAGAUUUU